CUAAAUCAUCGUCAGUUUGAAGGUGUCGGAAAAAACCGUAUAGAAAUUUAUCGUCUCGUCUAACUUUCUUUUUCAUACAAUUGCAGCUUGCACAGAUCCUGAGAAUUUGACGGUGCUAAUUGAGCUCGCGCAAAGUGGCCAUUAAUUCACACGAGUUGAAUUGAGACUACGAAUAGACAUUCGAAAAUAGUGAGAAAGUGAUUUUCCCCGGGCCGCGUUCAUGGUAGUCAUCAAAGAGACGAGAGAACGGAAAGAGUUAUGUCAACGAGUGAUCACGGACUUGAAUCUAAAUCGCGAUGACGACAGCCGGUGCAGUGAAAAUAAUUCACCCUUGCCAUACAUUCAAAAGAACAAGAAUCAAGAGAUUACGGCUACUGAUCUGUACUCUGUUAUUACUUUUUCCUUCGUGCUCGGCGAGCAAUAAUCCACCGAGAUUUCUUAUCGACGGACAGACAGAAAUCGUGGUGAGACUGAAGGAAGGCCCGGCAACACCGGUCGGUAGUUUAAUAUACAGGCUGCGUGCGGUGGACCCGGACGGCGAUGUGCUUUCUUUUGGGCUCCGCGAACAGCCGGGCAGCGAUGUGAUACGUGUAGAGAGGAUAACUUCUAAUGAGGCGAAUGUGUACCUGAACAAGGAGCUCGACAGAGAGACUAGGGAUGAGUACCCUCUAGUCCUGACGUUGACUGACGGUCGGCUAGGCGAUGGAAAUUACAUAACCCAGAGCCUGCUCCUCCUCGUCGAAGACACGAAUGACAACGCGCCAAUUUUUCGGCCGCAUCCGACGACCCUCACAAUUCGCGAGGACUCUGGACCCGGUGUUUUGACCACCGUCGAAGCAACCGACGCUGACGAAGGGGCUCACGGUCAAGUCGUUUACUACCUCCAAGAGCUUGACGGCGACGACGGCACCUUUAGUAUUACGACGGUGAACGGAAAGGGAAUUGUUCGGCUGGUCGGCCCUCUUGACUACGAAAGGAAGUAUUUGUACCAGUUGAGAAUCCUCGCUGUGGAUCGUGCCAUAAAUGAAAAGGUCAACACGGGAACAUCGGCAAUUCUGGUAAAAGUUCAGGACGUGGAAGACCAGCCUCCGGAAUUCAUAUUCGUUCCACCAGUCACUAGAAUUAGCGAAAACGUGCCUAUCAGUACACCUGUUCUUCGAGUUCGAGCCAUCGAUGGUGACAGAGGUAUAAACAACAAGGUUACCUAUCGAAUUACGAAGGGGCCCAGCCAGCUGAUGGAUAUCGACGCUAGGUCCGGCUACGUUUUCACCAGGGCUCAUUUAGAUCGAGAAGCGGAGUAUAACAGUCAGGGUGCUUUCAUAUUAGAGAUCACUGCGACGGAAAUUUCAAAGAUCGUUCCAGCGCCGUCGGUGACUACCGAGGUCACUGUCAUUCUGACGGACGUGAACGACGAGACACCGACGUUUCGCAGUACUUCGUACAUGGCUGAGAUAAACGAAAACGCACCUCUUAACACGCCUGUUACGAUACUUGGAGAAGCGAUCCCGGAAGUCUAUGAUCAUGAUUUGGGAACCAACGGUACCUUUAGAAUGUUCAUCGACGAUGACCAGGGGAUAUUCGAAGUGACACCAUCUCGCGGUAUUAAUGAAGCGACAUUUCUCGUUCGGGUCAAAGAUUCCUCGAAGCUGGAUUUCGAAGAACGAACAGUUGUGAACUUGACCCUUGUCGCCAAAGAGGUUCUGACUUUCGGAGCCAAGUACAGCGUUGUUCCAGUGACUGUUUUCAUUCGAGAUCAAAACGACAACUAUCCCGAGUUCACCAACGCGACUUACGAGGUCUCGGUACCGGAGAACUGUGAGGUGGGCACAACCGUUGCUUGGGUUCAAGCUAUGGAUCAAGAUAAUGGCAAUUUCGGGACGAAGGGUGUCCGUUAUACGAAUCUAGGAGGAAGCAUUGCGCAUAUGCUGACCAUUAAUCCCGUAACCGGUGUGAUUACGGUGAAACAGACAGGUCCAAGUUUCGACCGAGAAUUAGUGUCCAGACACUUUCUCACUGUGGAAGCCCGGGACGACCUCGGCAGGGGCAACAGAAACAGCGCACAACUAAUAGUCAGCAUAGAUGAUAUCAACGACAACCCUCCCGUAUUUCUGCAGAACAAAUACGAAGCUGUGUUGCUUGAAAAUGAAGAUAGCUUCGAGUCUCCCCUUAUUGUGGAAGCUUUUGACAUUGACUUGAACGGCACGCGAAACAGCGAGAUCAUCUAUGCCCUUGUGGCGGGCGAAUUUUCAUCCAAUUUUACAAUUGACUCGAAACGAGGAGUGAUCACACCUGCGCAUCCUAUGGACUAUGAAGCGUUGCCCAUCAGCCAGGGACACCGAGAAACGGCGAUACGAUCUAUUCGCUUGACGGUCAGAGCCCGGGAUAUGGGAACUCCCAGCCUUAGUUCAGACGCUCCAUUGACCGUUUAUCUCAAGGACGUAAAUGAUAACACCCCAGCUUUCGAGAGGGCGCUCUACAAGAAAAAUGUGCCGGAAGAUGUGCCCGGUGGUACAUCGAUAUUGCAGGUGAAGGCUUGGGAUAAGGAUCUCUCGGCUCCAAACAAUAAGAUAGUUUAUCGUAUCCAAAGCGGUGCUGGGGACAAAUUUAUAAUAGGUCCCGAGAAUGGGGUCAUCAGUGUGGCACCAGGGUCGAAUUUGGAUCCGGAUUUGACGUCACCGAAAACGAUGCGAUAUACGUUAGACGUAAUUGCUAUUGACAGUGGAACUGAGGUUCAGCAAACCGCCGAUGUUUUGGUGAACAUUACAAUUAUUGACGUCAACAACAAGCCUCCGGUUUUUAUCGACCCAGGAACUGUAAUUGUUAGGGAAAACACUCAGGUUGGUGCCUAUGUGCAUCGCAUUGUUGCUAACGACCCAGAUAUUGCACCGGUUUUACGCUACCGAGUUGAUCCAAACUCUUCAGAGGCCAGGAACGAGGAGGGAACUCUGAUCCGUGUUCAAGAGUACGACUACUUGGCCGCCUUCGAGCUGAACGCGUUGGACGGUCUCUUGAGGGUGGUGCGAAUCCUGGACAGAGAAAGAGUGGAGCUGAUUCGACUCGGCCUGGUCGUGGAGGAUCUGGCUUCAAUAAAAGGACCGCAAACUGCUUCUGGAACUCUAACGAUUGUAAUCGAGGACGAAAAUGAUAACAACCCGAAGUUUCGGAGACCAUUCUAUAGGCGAUCGGUUACUGAGAACAGUAAAAACGGAGUCGGUAUAGCGAAUAUUGUUGCCGAUGAUGCAGAUAAGAAUCGAAGUAUUAGUUACUCAUUAGAAGGGCCUAAAGAGAUAAUCGAACUAGUACACCUUGAUGCUGAAACCGGAGAGGUGGUUGUAGCUAACAAAAUCGACCGCGAGCUCUACUCCUGGUUAAAUCUUACCGUCAAAGCUACAGACUCCGGCAUACCACCAAGAUCUAGCCUGGCUGAAGUGUAUGUUCAAGUACUAGACGAAAACGAUAACAAUCCUUACUUUGUGAGUGAAGUAAAUAAUUUGACGGUCCGUGAAGAUGCGGCAGUGGGGACGGAAAUUGCCGUCAUUGAUGCGAUGGAUUCAGACAGUGGAGAUUUUGGCAGAGUAACAUAUUUGCUCGAUCGUAUGUCUUCACAGGGAAAGUUUGCUAUUAACUCUGAGACUGGAUCGCUCACCGUAGCCGAUGCUCUCGAUUGGGAAACACGGAGUUCCUAUUCACUGGUGAUCGAAGCCUGGGACAACUAUCAAUUUGGUUACACAGCCGGAGAAUCUAGAAACGCCUUCAAGCAGAUCCACGUUAGUGUACUUGACGUAAACGACAAUUCUCCAACCGUUGAAGUACCCGAGAGCUGCGUAAGUAUCUCUGAAUUUCACGAGAUCCGGGAUGCAGUUACCGUUAUUAAAGCCAAAGACGCCGACGAUCCAACGACGCCUAACGGUCGCGUGACUUUCAAGAUUCUAUCUGGCAACGAAAUGAGUUUCUUCAACUUGGAACAGACGGAUUUCUGGACCGCCAGAGUUACAGCACGACGAUCAUUGAAGGGACGUUUUGGAAAUUACAGUCUGCAUCUCGAGGCACGAGACUCGGGGAGUCCAGUCAACAAGGUUGAAGCAACUCUUCACAUCUGUGUUUUGGACUACAACGACAACGCCCCCGUAUUCAUUAAUCCUCAGCAUAAUACCACUGUUCGAGUUGCUGAGAACGUCACCGUAGGAUCGGUCGUUGUCCAGGUUGAAGCAACGGACAGUGACACGGGUCUGAACGGAGAAGUGCAUUAUAGGUUGAAACAAGAUCACGCUGGUCAUUGGCGGACGUUUUUGAUCGACGACAAAACCGGUGUCGUAUCGUUGAGGCUUCCGCUUGAUAGAGAAACCCAGAAGAUUUACGAGAUUCGUGUCGAAGCUUAUGAUCUGGGAAUACCUACACCGCUCAGCUCCGAUCUGGACUUAAUAAUCUAUGUCAGGAACAUCAACGAUUACGAGCCGCAGUUUCUGAUCGAUGUAUUCAAUGUUCAUUUCACCGAGGAGAUUGCCGCAGGCUCGGAAAGCGUUGUUUUACCGGAGACUAUCGAUAGGGAUGAGGUUGACGAUCUAGACGAUCCCCCGAGUCAAGUCUGCUAUUUCAUAGUCGGCGGUAACGACGACGAAACGUUCAAUCUGGAUCACUAUUCCCACGAAUUAACAGCUGCUAAAAAACUUGACCGCGAAGUGCAAGAGGAGCAUCUAUUGCUGAUCAAAGCCACAGAAGACUGUAACACGAUACCCGCUAACGAGAGUUUCUUCGACGCGGCUGACGACACGUUGCUAAAAGUGGUCGUCGGGGUCAACGACAUCAAUGAUAACCCGCCGAGAUUUAUCAGACGAGUUUUUACCGGCGGAGUAACAACGGAAGCAGAUUUUGGAACGCAGUUUAUGCAAGUCAAGGCUGUAGAUUUGGACGCAGGUGACAACGCAGCAGUCAGCUACUAUCAAAUUGGUAAAAUUCAAAUGACACUGUCCGAGGGUCUUGAUGAUGUGAAAAAUCAACCUUUUUUGGUGGACAGAAUCACCGGCGCAGUAAGCCUCAACUUCGAUCCUCAGCGCGGGAUGAAAGGAUACUUUGAUUUCGUGGUACUAGCAAACGACACGGACGGCCUGAAUGACGUAGCGCGAGUUUUCAUAUACUUAUUAAGAGAAGAUCAGCGCGUUCGAUUCGUUUUACGACAGCAUCCACCGGAAAUUCGUCAGGGUAUUGAAACAUUCCGCGAAGUUUUGGGUAACGUGACAGGCGCCAUAGUUAACGUUGACGACUACAAGAUCCACGAAAACCAAGACGGGUCAGUGGAUAGAACCAGAACUGAUCUCUAUAUCCAUCUGGUCAAUCGUCAGGAUAAUUCGAUUCUCGAGGUAUCUGACGUCUUGGCACUGGUGGAUCGCAACAUUGAGAAGCUGGAUAGUCUCUUCAAGGAGUUCAACGUUCUUGACACUCAGCCAGCCCAGGCGCAGGCCGUUUUACAAGUAGAACAGGCCGGAACGACCCUCUGGCUCUUGGCUUUGACUCUGUUCCUCGGGGCGUUGUUAAUACUCUGCAUAGCAUUGUGCCUAUCACAGAGAGCAUCGUUCCGACGACAGCUGAAAGCUGCGAAAGCAUUGCCGUUCAGUGCUACCGAUUCCGAGUUCAUCCGCGGUCCUGGACGGGUACCAAACACGAAUAAGCACAGCAUGGAAGGAUCUAACCCGAUAUGGAUGCACGCUUAUGAAAAUGAGUGGUUUAAGAACGACGAAUCCUUCAGUCACAUGUCCGACAGAGAUUCUCUCGAUGAAAACGCUCUGAACAACGAAGAUAUUAUGAACGAAUCAAACCUCAACGAAGGGCAACGGCGUGAUAGCAAACCUUAUUACAUUCAGCCAAGGACUGGUUCUCUGGCAAGCAGCAGCAUAGACAGCGGUACCGAAGAACAGAACGACCUUAGCAGAGAACCAGGCCAAUUUCGGGCCCAUAACCCAGUGGUUAAUAAUCCGCUAGGCAAGAAAUUAGAAACUACCGAAUUGUAGUUUUCGUACGAAAUAUAU